ACAAAUGAUUAAAAAAAAAAAGAAUUUGGAAACACAUUGGAGGCGCCAAGUUUCCGGAGCCGCCUUUGACGGACUCCACUACCGCAUGCGCGCAUGCGCGAAGUAUUCACGUGCCAACACUGAAUCAUGGGAGUUUCGAGUUUCGAGCCCGCAGUUUGCACCCUGUCGCGGACAUGGUCGGGCAUGUAAGGUGAUUUGUUUCGGAACAGCGUUAUCACUCACAGACGAGUCAAUAAUAGGAAAAGUGAGACGACAAUCUACAUGAGAGGCCAUCGGUAACGGAGCAGCAAAGUGCGUCAGAGAUGAGCGGGCAUGCAACCCGGCCUGCCGAUCCUCGUGGUCAAGCGGUUCUCGAGCGCUGUAUUCAAGUGGCCGUGCUGCCGAUCGCUGGAAAACACCCCUCGUCUACAUCGCCUGUCACAUCGGUUCCAAUGGAGAGGCAAGAUGUGGAUAUCACGAACAAGCAAAAACAGUGCAGUGGAAAAGAAAUUUCGAAUACUCAAAGAGUUUGGACGAGUUUAGUAGCUGGCGCAGUAGCUGGUGCUCUGGCGAAGACUACGAUAGCACCGUUAGACCGCACGAAGAUCAAUUUUCAAAUCUCGAAGCAACCCUAUUCGGCCAGAGCAGCGGUUGAUUUCUUGAGGAAAGCACUGCGUACUGAAGGCCUUCUGAGCUUAUGGCGUGGAAAUAGUGCUACUAUGAUUAGAAUCGUGCCAUAUUCUGCAGUGCAAUUUACGGCGCACGAACAGUGGAAGAGAAUUCUGAGAGUGCAUGGUGCAGAGAGGCAAAAGCCAUGGGCGAGUUUUCUGGCUGGCGCUCUUGCUGGCGUCACGUCGCAAACAAUGACUUAUCCAUUGGAUCUGAUGCGGGCGAGGAUGGCGGUGACUCUAAAGGCCGAGUAUAGAACUCUACGACAGGCGUUUUGGCGAAUCUACAAAGAGGAGGGAAUUCUCGCAUAUUAUCGUGGCUUCACCGCUACGCUCCUCGGUGCUAUCCCGUACGCCGGGUGCAGUUUCUUCACAUACGACAUGUUGAGAAACUUAUUGACCGUGUACACGGUGACUAUUCCGGGAUUCUCAACCUCGCUCAUUUGCGGCGGCAUCGCUGGAAUGGUCGGUCAGACAAGCAGCUACCCACUGGACAUUGUGCGGCGGAGAAUGCAGACAUCGGCGAUCAAGGGCCAACAUUAUCAUACAAUCACAUCGACUAUCGUGAAGAUUUACACGGAGGAAGGAAUAAUGGCUUUUUACAAAGGCUUAAGCAUGAAUUGGGUUAAAGGUCCCAUUGCAGUUGGAAUUAGCUUCGCUACACAUGAUACAAUACGAGAUAUGCUGAGAAAAGUCAUUUGUGAAGAUAGCAAGAUAUAAAACUAAUAAAACAAAUAUUGGAAAUCUGCCGUUAUAAUAUUACAGAAUAAUAAUUAUUAAUUACUAAUUAUAAUUAUAUAUAUAUGAUAUAUAUAUGAUUGUUAUAAUUACGAGGGUGGGGUGGAUAAGUUUCCUGAUAAAGAAAAAAAAUAGUUCUUUUGGAUUUUUUUAAAUUUUAUUUUUCAACAUAAUAUCUCUACAAAGACUAAUACAUUUUUCAUAACGGUGCUCUAAUGCAGUGAUACAAUUUUAUAGUAUGAUUCGUCGAGCUUCUCAAAAUACCCAUUUACAGCGUUGACUUACUCGUUGCUCUUAAAUUUUUUUCCACCGAGCCAUGUUUUGAGGAUAGGGAAUAGAUGAUAAUCGCUGGGUGCUAAAUCUGGCGAAUAAGAUAGUUGGGAAAGCAAUUCGAACUUUAAUUCAUUGAUUUUAGCCAUCGCUAUCUGUAAAUGGAUAUUUUGAGGAGCUCGAUGAAUCGUAAAGUACUAUAAAGUUGGUAUCACUGCAUUAGAACACCGUUAUGAAAAAUGUAUUAGUCUUUGUGGAGAUUAUGUUGAAAAAUAAAAUUUAAAAAAAUCCAAAAGAACUGUUUUUUUUUUAUCAGGAAACUUGUCACCCCACCCUCGUAUGAUAAUUAAUUGGAUAUAAUUAUGAAU